AUGCACGCGGGCAAGGUCUCCCGAUCCAUCGCUCGGGAGACGUGUUCCGAGCUCUGGCGAGUCGACAGCUCACGUGCGCAUGCCGGCUGCCUGAGCUCGAAGGGCCAUGGCGGGGCUUACCUUGCGUUGACGGAGGACGCGGAGGCCGAGGAGAGGAGCUACCGAGAGCCCGCCACGGAGCAGGCGUGGAUCUCCACGGGGCCCGAGGCACCACCGCGCGACAUCCCAGUCAGGCCUGGGCUGUGCAGGCCGAACCUGGACAUGUACAAGACAGGGCAGGCCUGGCCGAAGCCCGACAUGUCAGAGGCAGACACUUUCAGGCGCACCGCACCGCGCUCCCCGCGAGCAAGAGGCGCGGCGCGAUCUCUCGGCCCCGCAAAGGCGGCCACGGGGAGGCUCCCGCCGCUGCACUCGGCGCGCCAGGCCCCGACCCGGCGGAAUCUGGAGGAGGUCGAGGCGGACUUGGAGAUGUGGAAACAGCGCAUGGCAGAGUCGGCCGCUCCAAGGACACUUGUAAAGUUUUGGCUACUCUCCGACGCCUCAGACGUGGACCUCGAGCAGGGCGCCGCCGACCGCCCGCCGGCGCCGCUGCUGCAGGACGGCGCGGUGGCGGAGGCUUUGCAGGCCCUCGACGAGCUGUGGAGCGGGUCCGACUCUGCGCCCGCGCUCGCCAGCUAUCAGCACUUGCUUCGGAGCGCCUCGAACGUCUCGGUCAGGGGGGAGUACGACGCCGUGCGCAGCGACCGUCGGCGGCGGGGAGCGGUCAUGGCCAACCCGUCCUCGCCGGCGCUGCAGAUUGUGGGCAUGUUCGACAGCGGCACCAACUUGCUCGGGGCACUGCUGCAGGCCAACCUCGGCGAAGGCACCAUGAAGGAGGUCUGCCCUGGGAGCGACUCGGAGGGCUACCACUGUUUCUUCUGGAAGCACAGCCCGCCGCAGCAGCUGGCGCGGGAGCUCGGCACCCUUCAGCGGAAGAGGCGGAGUACCGUGCUGGUCGCCAUGGUGAGAAGUCCGUUGGCACAUUUGGUCAGCUGGGUGAAGGCGCCGUACGAACUGGACAAGUGUGUCAAAUCUACGAAGUUCGAGCAUGACGAGAAGGCCAACUGCGCGAUCCGCGGGGAGCCGUUCAGCGGGCUGACGGGGGUGUGGAACAGCUACCUCCGAGAAUACGACGGGCGGCAUGACGCCAGCGGCAGCAGCCAUCCGGUGAUCGUCGUCGAGUACGAGCGUCUGGUGAUCGAGCCGGAGGCAGUGGUCCGGGAGAUUGCCGCGGCGCUCGGCGUCAAGGUCCACUCCACCAUGCGGACGCUCGAGGCCCCCGCCAAGCAGCACGGCAGCCCACACGGCCGGGAGAAGGCUUUGCAAGAUUUGGCGGAGGCGGCGUGGUUGCAGAAGUACCCCGUGUCGAACAAGACCAUCAGGUCCUCGCUGUGCAAGAAUCUCGACGCCCUGGCCAUGAGGAGGCACGCCGUCCCCACCGCGCCCAAGCAGAGUUUGUACAUGCACGACUGCGCAUGA